AUGGCUACACUCGUAGAACAAAGGCCGUUACUACUUUAUCUACCCUCGGAGCUCAUACUCGACUCGCUAAGCCGCUUACACUAUACGCCACGUUGUCUCGACAGUCUCCGUCUCGUAUGUCGCGAGUUCAAUAGUAUCCUGCAGCAGUUCGAACACAGUCUGACAGUCGAGAUCAUUCGCCUGCAAUUCCCUUCAGGUAUCCUAGCUAAAUACCCUGGCCUUGAGACUUCAGAAAUCAACUUCAAGACCCUUGAUGAGCUUUGUAUGAGGUCGUACGCGUUGUCCCGUCUAGAUCGAAAUUGCCAUAACAUCCGGAGACGUGAGGGCAAAGAGGCAGCUUGGAUGAGGCCUGAAUGGAUAAACUUGCAACAAGCGGGAUUCCAUCUUCUCUAUCGCCUUCAGGAUGUUGGCAAUCACGACAACAAAUCGCAGGUCAUCAGAUCACUGCCUGCCACAUCCCUCGCCAUCCUUCUCCUUACCCUUUACCUCUGUAUACAACAACUCCGUGCCGACGGUCCUAGCCUUCUUAUCCCGACCUCACCACUUCUCCACGGCAUGCUACGCUUCGAAGUUGAACUCUGCUGUCAAGAGCUUAUCCUCCAGCAUGGUCCCAGUUUCUUAGACGCUCUACUCUGCCACUGUCCAAACGCCAUCUCACUUCUAGAAACCGAAGUUCGAAACAUGGAAGCCAGACAAUUACCGUCAGAGGAUGGGAAAGCAAGAGAAAAGACGUUGAUUGCAGAGUGCAGAUGUCGAUUAGCAGACAGUCUGGGAACGAAUGUGGAGGACAACAGAAGAGACAUGUGGAGUAUUUUGGGAAGAAUUGGCACGUUGGACGAAGAAGAUGUUGUCAAAGUCAUCAGAGGAGAAGAACUUGCCAUUAGGGAGCGACAAGAUUCUGGUGCUGGAUUGUACGUCCUCCCCGUGUACUAA